AUGGCUUCCGCCUUUGGAGGAGGGGCAGUAGAUCCCGAGACGCUGUAUACCAAGCAGGCUUGCAUUGGAGGAGGCAGUUUCGGAAAGGUCUACAAGGGUGUCGAGAAACGUACCGGCCAAGCAGUCGCCAUUAAAGUCAUCGACGUAGAAAACGCAGAAGACGAAGUCGACGAUAUCAUCCAGGAGAUUUCCAUCCUCUCUGGCCUCAAUUCUCCCUACACGACAAAAUACUAUGGAUCAUACCUCAAGGGUUCCGACCUGUGGAUCAUUAUGGAAUACUGCUCUGGCGGCAGCUGUGGCAAUCUCAUGAGACCUGGCAGUAUCCCUGAGGAUUACAUCAUCAUCAUCAUUCGAGAGUUGCUCAUGGGCCUGGAAUACCUGCACAAUGACAACAAGCUUCACAGAGACAUCAAGGCUGCCAAUAUCCUACUUGGCUCGAACGGACAAGUCAAGCUCGCCGACUUUGGUGUUUCCGGCCAACUCUCUGCCACUAUGACCAAGAAGAAUACUUUCGUCGGAACCCCUUUCUGGAUGGCUCCUGAAGUCAUCAAGCAGUCGGGAUAUGACCACAAGGCUGACAUCUGGUCUCUUGGUAUCACUGCUCUCGAACUGGCCUACGGAGAACCCCCAUAUGCCGAUAUUCAUCCCAUGAAGGUCCUUUUUCUCAUUCCAAAGAACCCUCCUCCGCAACUCGAGGGCGAUUUCAGCCAGUCCUUCAAAGACUUUGUUAACCUUUGUUUGCGCAAGGAACCCAAAGAGCGACCUAGUGCCAAGGAACUUCUGAAGCAUCCCUGGAUUCGCAGGGCCAAGAGGACCACAUAUUUGACUGAGCUGAUUGAAAGAUACGAGAGAUGGCAGGCACGUCAUGGUGGCCGUGAAGAAGACGACGAAGAUGUGCGUGAUGCUUCGCCUCCGCGCAGCUCUGAAGAAGAAGACCUCUGGGAUUUCGGUACGGUUCGACCCCUUUCUCGAAGAGCACCGGGGCUGAAAGUCAUGAACGAGGCCGCCAUGAACACUCGCAAUCAGACAACUGUCCCUGAGCCCCAGUCUCCUACCAAGCAGUCUGCUCCUAGGGGUGAAGAAAAUUCUACCCGACGCACUGUUCGAGCAGCACCUAGCAUGCCACCACCACCCUUGCCUAGGGAUCUGUCUCCCGCCAAGCAGCGACCAAGUUCAUCGUCAGGUCCCGUGCCGCCUUCUCCCAGCGUUGCUGCUCGAGUUCCCUUGCCCGCCUCACCCAUCAAGAAAGUAGUGUCGCAAGCACCAUCUGAGCCUCCACGCACUCCACAGUCGAUCAAUUCAAGACAUGCAAACAGUCAGGCACAAUUCAAAUCGACACCGCAACAAAUCAAUGAUGAUUUUAUCCAGCAGCCUAUCGCUGCCGAUAUGUCUUCGUACAUGAAGGGUCUCUCUGUCAAUGACAGAGCAAAUGAGCCAGCCAGGCCGUCAACGCCAUCUAUGCAGAAGCAAACCAGCGCAUCAAACUACAGCCUAUCAAGAUCUCCAGAAAAGCCAACUUCCGUUCCAUUUCCACUUGAGAGAACAUCACCCUCUUCUUCGUCUUCGUCCUCGGUGGCAGGACCAUCGCUGCCAGCUCAGCCCCAGAACGACGAGAUUACUGCUCUAUCGGGAGUCGUGAUUCCUGCUCUUGAAGCUGCCCUUCACCGCCGCGCAUACCAGCUCUCAUUGCUGCAGAAGUCAGCAAACACCCAGUCGAAGGUUGCGCCUUCUCCUCAGGACAUCAUGCUCAAAAGGCAGGCACACGAGCAGAUCCGCAGACUUGUCUCCAAGGUGGGUCGCUUGAUGAAAGACAUUGAUCAUUGGGACAGCGUCGCACCUGUGGGCAUGGGUGAUGGUGUCGAAGGAUUCCUCGAAGGUGUGCUAGAGGAAGUUUUGUGCCGCGUGGAGGCUGAGGACGCUUGA